UUAGUUAUCUUGGUUUAUUCUUUUGAGAUGUCAUAUAAAUUUUAAUUUCUUGUUGUAGUAGUUUCAUUGGGAUAUUCUUGCAGGGUAGGUUUGAUGUCAUACAAGCAGUUCAUUCUAGAACUUGAAGAUGACGUUUUACCUGCUGAAGCAGAACGCAGGUAUGAAGAAUAUAGAUUCGAAUACAUAUCCACUCAGAAGCGAGCAUAUUUUCAAGCACACAAAGAAGAACAAUGGUUGAAAGACAAAUAUCAUCCGACUAAUUUAGUGGCAGUGAUUGAGAGGAGAAAAGAACUGGCGAAAUCUAUUGCGAAGGAUUUCCUGCUUGAUUUGCAGAGUGGAACACUUGACCUUGGCCCAGGAUUAACAGCCUCAUCCACUGGAAAUUCUGGGAAUGAUAGUGAACCAAACUCUGAAGAAGAGAUAGAUCUUAGUGAGAAAAGGAGAAGGCAUGGUAGGGGACCUGCUAAAGGAAACCUGCUUUCUUCUGCUCCCAUGGCUCACCCAGUCAGCUCCGAGCUUCGUCGAAUUCAAACUGACAUCGGACAAGCACAGGCCUUAGUGUGCAAGCUUGACAUGGAGAAGGGUAUACAGGAUAAUGUCCUCUCUAGUAGUGGUCAAGAUGAUGCAGACAAGACGCAUGGGGGAUCUUUGGGGCCGAUUAUAAUUAUACGUGGGCUUACCACUGUCAAGGGCCUUGAAGGUGUUGAAUUAUUAGACACAUUGAUCACUUAUCUAUGGCGUGUUCAUGGCUUAGACUAUUAUGGAAUGUAUGAAACAUCGGAGGCAAAAGGGCUUCGACAUGUUAGAGUUGACAAUAAGACAAAUGAUGGAUCUAAUUCUAGUGGUUCUGAGUGGGAGAAGAAGCUUGAUUCAUUCUGGCAAGCAAGACUGGAAGGUCAGGAUCCCUUGGAAAUAUUGACAGCUAAAGAUAAGAUUGAUGCUGCAGCUACAGAGGCCCUAGAUCCUGUUGUGAGAAAAAUAAGAGAUGAAAAAUAUGGUUGGAAGUAUGGAUGUGGAGCCAAAGGUUGCACAAAGCUUUUCCAUGCUCCUGAGUUUGUCCAUAAACAUCUCAAGCUGAAACACCCAGAUCUUGUUAUUGAGCUGACGUCAAAAGUUAGAGAAGACCUUUAUAUUCAAAAUUACAUGGAUGAUCCCAAUGCACCUGGUGGAACUCCUAUCAUGCAACAGUCUGCACCAAAGGCAAAGAUUCAAAGAAGAAGGCUGUUAGACAAUCGCUUGACAGAUGCACAUGGCAACCGCAUAGAGCUCGACAAGAACAGAGAUGAUGACAGAGGUGACAACUCACCUCGUGAUACCCAUGGUGGCUUGGAUGGAGAAACUCAUGAUAAGCCUCCGUUUGAAGCUUACAGUGGACAAGGUUUGCACAGUGCUUUUCCUUCAGAGAUUCCUCCGCCGGUCUUGAUGCCUGUUCCUGGUGCUGGCCCACUCGGACCUUUUGUGCCUGCCCCACCCGAGGUGGCUAUGCGCAUGCUUACCGAUCCUGGUGGACCAUCAUCCUUUGAUUCUAUCGGAGGUCCUCAUGGUAGAAAAGGACGGCUUGGCCCACAACUGGGUGGUCCAGCAGCCCCAAUUCUUACUAUGCCUCCACUUUUUCGACAUGAUCCACGGCGAAUGAGGAGUUAUAGGGAUCUCGAUGCACCAGAUGAUGAAGUCACUGUUCUUGACUACAGGAGUUUGUAGUCUUCGGUUUUUUUUUUUUUCUGUUUGUGCUUAAAGCCAGACAUAUUUUCCAAUGGCAAAUCAGUUACAUCUUCAAAGCAGCGUGUGCGCCCCAUUUAUGGAAAAAUAGACAGGUUCAAAUUCAGUUGAAUUCGUGAUUGCAGUCUGAAUGGAUGAUCCUAACAAAAGAUAUAUUAUGGCUAUUCAAAUAAUCUUACUGUUUGUAUCGCUAAAUCUAUUCCUGUGUAACAACAUUUAUUCCCAUCAGUAUACUUGGUUGUCAUUAUUUA